CUUAUAUUUCUAUAUACAGCACAGCCAGAUAUUCGUAAAUGUUCUUUCCUCUCUUUAUCCCGAUUCCAUUCCCAUUCCCCUUUGAUGUGUAUAGAGGGAGAAGAUAUCAUGUAAGCCAUCAGUCUGCAAGAUAUAGAAGUGUGGUGAUGCUAGGAACCCUUCCUAAUGACUUUCUACGUUUACCCUCGACACAAUCAUUAACACAGGAGAAUUCUGAUCGAGUAGCUGCUAUGCACCUCCAGCACCAGAUGUAUGCACAGUCACAACAAAAUGUCUGCAGGCUUCAGAUGACAGUUGUGUCUGCAGUCUUGAAUAAGAAUUAUGGUAUGACUCGAAUGGAUCCUUAUGUGCGAGUGAGGCUCGGCCAUUACAUCUAUGAAACACAGACAGACGUAAACGGAGCAAAGAAUCCACGCUGGAACAAGACUUUUCAAGUGUACCAUCUUCCAAAGGGGGUUAAUACUGUCCAUGUCGAAAUCUUUGACGAACGAACUUUAACAGAUGACGAGUUGAUUGCAUGGGUUAACAUUACCAUUCCAGAAGCUGUCUUCCAGGGCGAGACUGUGGAUGAGUGGUAUAGCUUAACUGGCAAACUUGGAGAUGGUCAAGAAGGCACAGUUAAUAUUGUCAUGUCAUACUCGGUAAGUCACUUUUGAUAAAUGUAUAUUAAA